AACGUCAUUAUUGUUGUGUAUAGAAAACGAAAAAAAUUGAUUUUUUAGCUUUGCUGAUAAUAAAAAAGAAAUUUUGGAAAAUUUUGCAAUAAAACAUUAAAAAAUGGGUGCAGCAUUCUUUCCUAUUUUAUUCUUUACUGCUAUAUGGGCUAGCGUGGGAAUUGGUUUGCCAUUGAUGACACCAAAGGGUCCACAUCAAAAUCUUAUACGUUGUACAUUGAUUUUAACUGGAGCGACGUGUUGGUUAUUCUGGCUGUGCUGCUAUAUGGCACAAAUGAAUCCACUAAUUGGACCAAAAUUAAAUCAACAUGCUAUUUAUAUGAUUGCCAAAGAAUGGGGUAAUGGCCUCAAGGAAGGUUAAAUAUUUUGCUACUUCCUGUUGCCUGAUUCACAAAUUUGCAGUAUAGUGAUCCUGAUAGUGAUGAGCAACUAUUAGAAAAUUUUCUCAAUUAGUUUUAAUUUUCCUUGUAUGUAUUAGUUUUUUUUAUGUUUCAAAAUGUCCUGUGUGCAUUCCUCAAAAGCUUAGUAUUCAUUGUAUAUUUUAGUUUUCUUCGAAUUUAUAAACAAAUUUAACCACUAUAAUCUCAACAUUUACCACUGUAUGUUUAUUAAACAAAUGUUAUUGUGAAUUAAAAUAAAUAUAUUAUAAUAAUA